CGCAUGAUCCUACCCGUGAGCAAUCUCUCAACUCAUCUCUGUCUCUGCUUUAUGCUCCGUCCAUGUAUUCUUUCGUCCAUGGUUCAACCAGUUAUUACUGUUGAUAUCUGAUCCGAUUUUAAAGACAUAUUUAUUUCGAUUGUAUAUCAAACAAUAGAAUCAAUAAAAAUCGUGGAUAUGUCAAAUUGUGUACAAAUACUGUAUAACAUUUCUCGUGCUUAUGCAACGAAAGCAAAGAACAAGCCUUUUACUGAUGGUGUCAAAUACGAUAGAAUAACCUACUAUCCUAGACAUGCCGACCUCAAAGAUCCACCAAUUGAACCGUCAAAAUUAUUUAUGGUGCAGAGAGUUAAACCUUUCAAAGGUAACCCACGUUGGGACAAACGCAUCUUGGAAAUAUUUGGACUACAUGAGAAAAAUAAUGAUAUUACCAUUGUCAAAAAUAUUCCGGAAGUAAAUGCUUUACUUUGGAAAAUUAAACAUCUUAUUAAGAUUACUCCAAUACAAUUUCCAAAUGGAUUGCCAAAGGAUGAAAACUCAAAGACUUGUUACCUCCACGAGAAUGGGGAUCUAAUAGUAACGCAAAAAAUAGAUCCUAAACGCAUCCAAGCAACAGAAGAAUUCCAGCAAAAUCCAAAAAGAUUAGAUCGAGAAACAGUUUGUAGAGAUCUACGACUUAAAUGGCUCAACCCAUUUUAAAUAUAAGGAAGUAAUUGAUAUUUUAGUAGGAAUAAAUCAUAUUUAAGACU